CUUCUUCCUCUUUCAUUCAGCUGGGUUGAGGCAGCAGCUGAGUUCCCCAAACUAAACCCUAGCUCCUCCCUCUGCCGCUCUCUUCUUAUAACUUAACCCCCUUUUUUUUUUUUUCAAAGAUCAUCCUCAGUAAUCAGAAACACAAUUAGAUAAUCACGAAAAGGCUGGAGACUGCAAAAGGCUGCUUUUCUCAUCUCUUGCCCCAAGUGUAGCUGUUGGUAUAUGUGUUCAUAUUCAUCUUCUAAACUUGAGGGCUAAACUUUCUCUAUGGCUUCCAGGAGUAGCAUCCGUCUUAUUUCAUACUCAGAAGAGAUUAUAAAUGGUGAACCUAUCUAUAUUUCCUCGAACUGCUGUCCUAUUAAAGCUCACAAAUAUGAGCCUGCUGGGCUUGCUUUUCACUCUGCUGCUCUUAGACUGAUUGGCCAUGUUGAGAAAGAAGACCCCAAAGACAGUAAAGAAAAUGUUCCUAAUGACAAGGAACAGACAUUUACAUAUUCAUCAGAAUCAUACAGCUCUAAGGGUAAAAAGAAAUCUUCUACUGGGGAAAAGGUACAAGAUCAUUAUGCAUUGUUAGGUUUGAGCCAUCUAAGGUAUCUUGCUUCUGAGGAUCAGAUAAGGAAGAGCUACCGUGAUGCUGCAUUGAAGCAUCAUCCUGACAAGCUGGCUUCUCUUCUUCUAGCUGAGAAAACUGAAGCUGCAAAACAAGCUAAGAAGGAGGAAAUAGAAAACCACUUCAAAGCUAUUCAGGAAGGAUAUGAGGUUCUUAUUGACCCUGUUAGAAGAAGGAUUUAUGACUCCACAGAUGAAUUUGAUGAUGAAAUCCCAACUGAUUGUGCUCCACAAGAUUUUUUCAAGGUCUUUGGACCUGCAUUUUUAAGGAAUGGCCGUUGGUCAGUCACCCAACCUAUCCCCUCGUUAGGUGAUGAGAAUACUCCAAUUAAAGAAGUGGAUAGCUUUUAUGAUUUCUGGUACAGCUUCAAAAGCUGGAGAGAGUUCCCACAUGCUGAUGAGUUUGAUCUUGAACAAGCUGAAUCUCGUGAUCACAAGAGGUGGAUGGAAAGGCAGAAUGCAAAACUGUCAGAGAAGGCCAGAAAGGAAGAAUCUGCUAGGGUACGUACACUUGUUGACAAUGCCUAUAGAAGAGACCCUAGAAUCUUGGGAAGAAAAGAGGCAGAGAAAGCAGAGAAGCAGAGAAAGAAAGAAGCUAAGAUACUGGCGAAGAAAUUACAGGAGGAAGAAGCAGCUAGGAUUGUUGAAGAGGAAAAGCGUAAGAAAGAGGAGGAGGGAAAAAAAGUUGCUGAAGCUGCUUUGCAGCAGAAGAAGUUGAAGGAGAAAGAAAAGAAAUUAUUGCGAAAAGAGCGGAGUCGUUUAAGAACCCUUGCAGCUCCUGUGUUGUCCCAGCAUAUGCUUGGGCUAACUGAUGAUGAUGUAGAAGGUAUCUGCAUGUCAUUUGACAUUGAAAAACUGAGGAACUUAUGUGAUAAGGCCGAUGGAAAGGGUGAGCUUGUGAUAGCUGAACUUCUCAGGGAGGCACUUGGACGUGAACACAACUUGAAAUAUGAGAAUAAAGUUGAAAAGAGUAAGUCACAGCAAAAUGGUUCUCUGGAGAGUAAAAAACAAGUUCCUCUGAUGAGCAGUGAGAAAAAGGAGAAACCUUGGAGCAAAGAAGAAAUUGAUCUUUUGAGAAAGGGGAUGGUGAAAUAUCCUAAAGGAACUUCUAGAAGAUGGGAAGUUAUUUCCGAAUAUAUUGGUACUGCAAGGACAGUUGAAGAGAUCCUAAAGGCUACAAAAACAGUUCUGCUCCAGAAGCCUGACUCUGCUAAAGCUUUCGACUCCUUCCUUGAGAAAAGAAAGCCAGCACCGACUAUUGCCUCUCCUCUUUCCACAAGGGCAGAAGUAGAGGGGGUAGAAAACAGUAGCAAGCCUGAAAGUGAAAGUGCUAAAUUAGCUGAUUCUCAGGAAUCCCCUAGUCAAAACACAAACAGCCAGAACACUGAGGAUGCACCUGCAGCAAACGGGGUUUCCUCGAGUUCCGAUUCAGACAUAUGGUCCGCUGUUCAAGAAAAAGCUUUAGUUCAAGCUCUGAAAACCUUCCCCAAGGAAACCAGCCAGCGGUGGGAACGAGUUGCAACUGCAGUCCCUGGGAAGACCGUGAACCAGUGUAAAAAGAAGUUUGCAUUACUCAAAGAGAACUUCAGGAACAAGAAGAGUGCAGUGUGAGGUUAGUGGUGCUUGAUACUUCUGAGUCUAGUUUUUCCGAUUUCUAUCUGUUCAUUGUUCAGGCAGGCGCAACAAAGCUCACUCGGGAAAUGCAUUGUGACAUCAUACCCCAGUCCACUUUCAGUACCAUUUUUGUCCAUUAAGCAGUAGCAUUUACAUAUCCACUAUCAGUAGGGCAUUGUGAAGUUACUAUACUGGAAUACAUUAAUAUUUGAUGGGAAAUACCGAUGAUACCUAAAGUUAUGCAUCUUUAUAUUUAUUUUGAUUGUUUGAUCAAAAUUUA